AUGCUCUUCUCGCUCCGGGAGCUGGUUCAGUGGCUGGGCUUCGCCACCUUCGAGAUCUUCGUGCACCUGCUGGCCCUGCUGGCGUUUUCCGUGCUGCUGGCCCUGCGUGUGGACGGCCUAGCCCCUGGCCUCUCCUGGUGGAACGUGUUCGUGCCGUUUUUCGCUGCUGAUGGGCUCAGCACUUACUUCACCACCAUCGUGUCCGUGCGCCUCUUCCAGGACGGCGAGAAGCGGCUGGCCGUGCUGCGCCUCUUCUGGGUCCUCACGGUCCUUAGCCUCAAGUUCGUUUUUGAGAUGCUGUUAUGUCAGAAGCUGGUGGAGCAGACGCGGGAGCUCUGGUUUGGCCUAAUCACGUCUCCAGUCUUCAUUCUCCUGCAGCUGUUGAUGAUCCGCGCCUGCCGGGUCAACUAG